GGCUCUGUUACCCAGAGCAGGAGAGAUCCAGCGGGUUAGAAUCGGCCAACUAAUUUACCAGCGGUAUUCCAGAGGAGCGAGAAUAGGCAGCAAACGCGUUUACACGAAUUCACCUUACAUAAUUCAUAAAUUAGGUGUUGCUUGCCUUGCAGAAUUAUCCGCGGCCCCGGUUUCCCAGCUUUCAGUAAUCCAAUUCUGUUGUUGACAUUAUGAAUGGUGUAGUUUGACAAGAGGCGGGUGCGGGGGAGGAGAAUUAAAACUUUUGAGCGGACUUGGUUGAUUCUCCGCCUGCAAACAGUUGGAUCGCUUCCUGCCGUGGCUUUGGGAAUCGGGUCUUGCCAGUGGCUCUGACCGCUCCGGAAAUGUCUUGGACCCACUGCCUGCGAUCUUUCCCGGUUCGGAACCGGGACCUGCUCGGAAUCGGAAUCCGUGCCGUCCACCCCUCUCUUCGGUACAAGUCGGACACCAGGUCGGCUGUGGAUCUGGGUGUCGUGACCAAGCAACCCGUCGGGGAUCAGAAAAGCGUUGGGGACAUUCCCAGUUACGGUUUACUCUCGAAUAUCUACUGGUUGUUCAUUAAGGGAUUCCACGAGAAAACACACGAAUUGCAGAUUGUGCAUAAGAAGAAAUAUGGUCCCAUCUGGAAAUCUUGUUUCGGAGAGCUCUCCAUCAUCAACGUGGCCGAUUCUGACAUGAUUGAGGAAAUUCUGCGACAAGAAGGCAAAUAUCCCAUCAGAGCCUACAUGCCUCACUGGCGAGAGUAUAGGGAGCUGAGGGGGCACACCUAUGGACCACUCUGUGAGUAUGGUCAAGAGUGGAACCACAUGCGCAGCAUGUUGAACCCCAAGUUGCUGAAGCCCAAGGAGGUGUCCAAUUACUCUCCAGCCAUUAACAAGGUGGUGACUGACUUUAUAACGAAGAUGUGUUGGCUGAGGCAGACCCAAGGAGGGGGACUGAUGGUGUAUGACAUCUCCAAUCAGCUCUACAAUUUUGCAUUUGAAGGAAUCUGCACCAUUCUGUUUGAAACAAGGAUGGGAUGUCUGGAAGAAACCAUUCCUGAGGAGACACAGAAGUUUAUUGCAUCUGUCUUUGAGAUGUUCUACUGCUCAGCUUUAAUCGUCUUCUUUCCCAAAGCAAUAUGGAAAUACAUUCCCAUUUGGAAAAGGUUUAUAGCUGCGUGGGACUAUAUCUUUUAUAUCACUGAGAAGCUCGUCAACAAGAAGAUGAAGGAGGUCCAGGAAAAAAUGGAGAAGGGAGUUGAAGUGAGUGGGGAGUAUCUCACAUACUUGUUGACCAACACCAAAAUGACACCCUUGGACAUCUACGGCAGUUUGUCUGAAUUACUGUUGGCUGCAGUGGACACGACAUCAAAUACAACCUCUUGGAUCCUGUACAAUCUGGCAAAGGAGCCAGCCAUUCAGCAAAAACUCUAUGAAGAAAUCAACAGCAUUAUUCCAGGAGACCAAAUUCCACUCGCCAAGGAUUUCAGCCACAUGCCCCUGUUGAAAGCGGUGGUCAAAGAAACCCUUCGGUUGUACCCAGUGGUACCUGGCAAUGCUCGUGUAGUAACGGAGAAGGAGCUCACGGUUGGAGGAUACCACUUUCCUAAAAACACUCUCUUCCACCUCUGUCACUAUGCUGUGUCUCUGGACGACCACAUCUUCAAGGAACCACAGCGCUUCCAGCCCGAACGCUGGCUCCGUGGCAUGGCUGGAGUGAAGAAGCCUCACCCCUUUGCCUCCAUCCCCUUUGGAUACGGCACCCGUUCCUGUCUGGGGAAACGCGUGGCUGAGCUGGAGAUGUACAGUGUGAUCUCGCGGCUGAUCAAGCACUUUGAAGUCCGACCAGAUCCUUCGGGAAAAGAGAUUACAGCCAAAACCAGAACUCUGCUUGCCCCCGAAGGCUCCAUCAACCUGCAGUUCAUCGACAGGGUGUGACUGACAUCUCAACUCUUUCCUGUCCUUCUCCCCAGUUCCAUCUUUUGAGGUUAGCAACUCUUGUCAGACCAGACUAAUAAACACAUCAUCAAGGCUCUCACUAGGCUCUAUGUGCCUCUUCCACCAACCCCCCCCCCCCCAGAGCCUCCCUCCAUUUCCCAAUACAGUUGAAAGUUCAAACGUUAAAAGCAAAUUCAUUAUCAAACUCUGUAUACCAUAUGCAACCUUGAGAUUCAUUUACUUGCAGACAUCCACAGGGAAAUAAAGAAAUAAAGCAGAAUCCAUGGAGAAACCAGGUAGACUCCCUGAGAGUGAGCCUACCAGCUGUGGGGUCAGUUGAGCAGUAAGGUGAGUGAAGCCGUCCACGGCUCUCCAGCCGCCCAGUGUCUGUUCCUGAACCUGGUGGCGUGAGACACAAGGCUCCUGCACCUCCCACUCAAUGGUAGUUGCAAGAAGAGAGGGAGACGGGUCAAACACAGGGUGGGCUAGGGUGGGGGAUCUUGGUGGCAUGGAGUAGUGGGGCUGAGCUACCCGCUUGUUUGCUGUUCUCGGGCCUCGACGCUUUAAUCUGGCUUGAAGACCCCUCCCCCCCCCCGGUGAUGUCUGACCUUGGUCUGCUUUAAGGCACCGUACCAAGGUCACGUGGGCAAGGACAUCACUCGGUCCUUUGGUUCAUUGGCACCAUUUCUUUCAGGUGUGGAUUUGGUAAAUUGAUUGAUUCUUGUCAGGUCUACCGAGGUAGAGUGAAAAACUUGCCAUCCAUUUCAUCAGAUUAGUACAUUGAAGCAGGAAAAAACAGAAUGUAAUGCUACAGUUACAGAGAAAGUGCAGUGCAGGAGACAGUGAGGUGCAAGGCCAUGACGAGGCAGACUGUGAGGUCAAGAGUCUGAAAGCACCUACCACCAUGAUCAAGGACAUCUUCCGAUCUGCUGUUAUUAGACUCUGUCCUCUGGGCUUCAACUUUCAUUCUUUGACCUCUGGACCUUGAGGCUUUGACCUCCAGUCUUCAGCUUCUGUACUCGCCAGGACUCACCCUCAAUACCUGCCAAUCACCCUCGUGCCUCCAAAACCAGGACUCACCGACCUUGGACCUCUGAUCCCAGAAACACUAAUCAGGAACCAAGUGUCACAUAUCCGUAUAGUACUUUCAUACUCUCACCCAGCAGCUCUCUCACACAGCAAUCAUAUGUUAUACAGCUUUGGGCUCUGGUUGAGAGUUACAUGUUAACCUGUGAGUGCAGAUGAAGUCAAUUGAUAGUCAAAAGCUAACUUUGGGCCUGAGAUUCCUGACUUGUAUUUUCAGCCUGUGUACCAUGAAUGUUAGAACAUAGAACAGUUCAGUAUUCGGCCAUUCAGCCCACAGUGUUGUGCCAGACCAGAUAGAAAUCAAAUCAAAAGCACCCAAACACAAAUCCCUCCCACCUACACCAGAAGGAUAGGAGGAUAGGCUGCUCCUAUCCUUCCAUCUUCUUUACAUCCAUGCACCUAUCCAAAAAUCUCUUAAAAUUCUCUGAUGUAUUUGCCUCUAUACCAGGCAGCACUUUCCAGGCAUCCAUAACUUUCUGAGUAAAAAAACUCAGAAAACUCCUAUCCUCUUUGAACCUACCCCCUCUCACCUUCAAUGCAUGCACUCUGGUAUUAGACAUUUCUACCCCGGGAAAAAGGUACUCCCUGUCCAUUCUAUCUGUGCCUCUUAUCAGCUUAUAAACCUCUUUCAAAUCUUCCCUCAGCCUCUGACGCUCCAGAGAAAAUAACCCAGGUUUAUCCUGUUUCUCAUGAUAGCACGUGUCCUCUAAACCAGGCAGCAUCCUGGUAUACCUCUUCUGCCCCCUCUCCAAAGCCUCAACAUCCUUCCUACUGUGGGAUUACCAGAACUAUAAGCAAUAGUCAAGGUGUGGCCUGACCAGAGUUUUAUAAAGUUGCAACAUAACCUCCUGACUUCUGAACUCAAUGUCUCGACUAAUAAAAGCCAGCAUUCCAUUCGCCUUCUUAACCAAGGAGCUGUGAGCCUAGAUCCCAGUAUCUCUCUGCUCAGCAACACUGUUAAGGAUCUGGCCCAUAACGGUGUACUGUCUUCUUGCACUUGCCCUACCGAGGCGCAACACCUCACAUUCACCAUUUCACUGCUGACAUCUGUAACUCAUCUAUAUGUGCUGUUUUCUUUGCCAGUCUUCUACACUAUCUACAGCUCCACUGAUCUUGGCAUCAUCCACAAAUUUACAUCAUCCACCCAUCUAUAUUUUCAUCCAGAUCAUUUAUACAUUAAUCUUUUUCUUUGUUAUCUGUUAGGUCAAAAUAGAAAGCAAAAGAAUAUGAGAAUUUUUAAUUAUGUGUUAACUCUUUAAUUUGCCUGUAGUUACUGAAUGAUGUUUAUCUAGAAAAUGUACGUGUGUUUACUUUCCCUUUUAGGACAAUAAAAUUAGAGUCAACUUUAUGAUCACUGA